ACGCUCCACCGGCAGUUCGCAUCUGACUAUCGUACGUGUUGCGUCUUGACGCUCUUUAAGCUGAUUUUGGCAAAUAUUCGUUUCGAUGAAUAUAUGUAUUCUUGAAAAUAUACGAGGCGUAUAUACACAAGUGUUGACGCUUUGACACGCUUUUAAUAAGUAUUCGCUGUGUAUUAUCGUAAAGUAAACUGUAAAAUCGAGUCGCGCUGUUUGUCGUAUCGAUAAGCGAUACAUCGUAACUGUUCGAAAUCGACGUUCAAUCGACGUGAAAGUUCGUGCGUGCACUAUCCAUAUUGUCAUUGCUCGAAAUAUGGCGUAAAAUUUGUGGUUUGUAUCCGUGGAAUGCACGGUAUACGUGUAUUUUCUCCGUUCUGAGAGACAUUUGGGACAGUGUGUCAAGGCUAGAGAUUCCAAGUAGAAGUAACAUAGUGCCUUGGGUCUCGUUUUAUUACGUUUCACACGAUGUAAUGAAACGUCGGAGCGGGGAGAAAGAUCAGCGUGUGCAUUUGAAACGCGGUUUUGAUCCGAUGGUAACAAGGAUCUGCUCGUCGAUCGAUGCUCUCUUGUGAUCCGUAUGUGUCUUCGUGUACGGAUUUCCUGCUGUGCCGGGAUCUAGAACACGGUGUCAAGGUCGAGCGAAUCCGACGAGGAAUUCGCGUGCAUGUCAAAUAUUCGUAAGCAGAAAGCGAGAGGCAACCGUUCCGAUACGUGACAUCUCGGUGGUUCACGGUGAAGAUCGGUGUAUCGUGGAAUUGUCAAACGCGUAAAGCGUGUUAAAUCAAGCGGGAAAAAUCAUUACACCACGGUCGUUACGUCACGACAGUUUGAAGCUAGUGCGUUCCAGACGAAAAAAAAAAAAAAUGUGAUUUUCCCGCGACUUAUCUUGAAAAAACAGUGUGUUUUUGCAAUUUUUUUUUUCGUCAAUGCAAGUUUUGACAUUGCAUCGCCAUUACGUUGAGCGUAAUACACGUUCAUACACGAAAGAAAGAAUAACAGAGAUUUGGCGGGAUAACAAACUAAUCGUAGAUUCAACAGAGAAAAGCGUAACCAUCGAUAAAACAGUUUCUCUCUCUCUCUCUCUCUUUUUUUUUCUCUCUUUCGUAUUUUUUUCCGUGUAACAGUGCCUCUUCAUCGAAAAUUUCGAUAUAUUGUCGAAUAUUUGUUCGUCGGCCAACACAGAUAGAGAGGUUUUUUAUCUGUACGCGAAGAAACAAGCACGAGCGAUCGUGCGAGUAAGAUUAACCGGCGACCUGGCUAAUUUUAAUUCGCGCAACAAACAAGCCGCGAAGUUGUCGCGCGAUAACAGUGGUACAUCACAUCAGUUGUAACGUUGAACGUCGCUGUUUGCGCGUUCUCCAAUAUGGCGAACGACGCCGAAGAAGAGUUUAGUGUUCCGAAAGUUUCCUCUUGAAUAACACGUUCGUUUCGAGUAUCGAGAAUUUUUUUUUCAACUUAACAAGUGCGAUUAACGUAAAAGUGUCUAUGGAAAAGUGAAAAAGAACCAGUGUCAAAAGAUAAUUUUUCAAAUCGAACAAUCGAUACGCUCGUUUCUUGAUAUACAAUGAUACGCAAGGAUAAUCUACCGAAUUACAGUUUGCACUUUGAUCACGUGUACAAAAAAUUCAGAGAUUCGUGUACUUGAAUCGAUUCGCGCAUCGAAUCGAGAAAAUCGAUUGGUAUCGUUCGAAAAGUGUUAACUAUGUGGAGCAAAUCACAGGAGCAAGUGUACUUGCAUUCUCAACAACAACAACAACAACAACAACAACAAACGCUUCAUCCGCCGGGGAUCAUCGGCACGACCGAUAUGAUGCAACAUCAUCAUUCAACCGCCACCAUGGAUUUGUCGAUUCCAAGCAAUCCAAGGGCGUCACGGAACAUGGCGGAGAAACAACGCCGAGACAAUCUUAACACGAACAUCUCGGCGAUGGCCGCGCUCGUACCGACCGUCGCCGAAAGCCCGAGGAAGAUGGACAAGAUAUCUAUCCUGAGAUUGGCUGCUAAUUUCCUCAGAAUACAUUACACCGUUGGACGUGGCGUGUCCGACUUUCUGCCUCGAGAACUCGGCGAUCUGGAUUUGGAACAGUACAUAGGCGAUAAUUUGAUCAAAAACGGGAGCUUCUUUAUCGUUGUCACGACCACCGGGAAAAUAGUAUACGUCAGUCGGCAAGUUCAAGAGCAUCUUGGUCAUACUCAGGCGGAUCUGCUUGGCCAUUCUCUUUAUGCGUUCAUUCAUCCCAAAGAUGAAGAGGAGCUUGCGAGGAACCUCAACCCGGAUGAAAUGCAAGGCGUGGUAUCCUCGUUGCCACAGAUCACCGACGGAACGAACGACAAUUCCAAUUCAUCGGAGGAUUCAACGUCUUCGAAGAACGGGAAAACGUUCCAGAAUCAGAGGCGGACUUUCGAACUUCGAAUGUUGCAUCGUACUUCGUCGAGGCGGGAGCAUACACAGUACGAAUGGUUCGAGUUCUCUGGAAUACUCAGGCUUGCGGACGCUUGCAAAACUUCUACGUCGAAUGUUAAUCGAUCGAGACAUCGAGAAAUUACUUCAACCAGUAACGACAUCGUUUUCGUGGGUGUAGCACAAUUAUUGAUGAAGCAGCCACUCACGAAAAUUUCGAUAAUAGAUGCUAAUAAGAACGAGUAUAUCACUCGACAUUUGGUAGAUGGCAGGAUCAUUUAUUGUGAUCACAGGGUGUCAGUUGUGGCUGGAUAUUUGUCGGAAGAAGUAUCGGGUAUGAGUGCUUUUGGUUUCAUGCAUAAAGAUGAUCGUAUUUGGGCGAUGGUUGCACUUCGUCAAAUGUACGAUCGCGCGGAAACUUGUGGAUCAUCUUGUUAUAGAUUAACGUCAAAAACAGGAGAACCCAUUUAUCUACGUACUCAUGGAUAUUUAGAAGUAGAUAAGGAUACGCAAAUUGCAGUAUCCCUUGUGUGCAUAAAUACAUUAGUAUCGGAAGAGGAAGGAAUACAACUUAUGCAACAGAUGAAGAAAAGAUUCUCGGCUACGAUUUCUGAAACCAUGAGAGCCAUAAUACAAAAUGGAGAUGAUGCAUCGAUUGAUUUGGGCUCAGAUUCUCAAAAUCCAAAUUCGAAAAGUAAUAUGGAGGAUCCCGCACAAUUAGAGGAUGCCAUCACAUAUCUAGUUAGUGAUCUGUCAUCACCUCUUCCAGAAGAUUGUCUAUCACCUCCUACGCAAAAUGAACAGUAUGCGAAAGCUGCUAUGAUAUCACAACAUUUACCUCCUGCUGAAGCCCAAGCUCGAAGACUUGGAAUUAAGAAAAUCGAUCGUUAUUUAAUGGUGCAAGCCAAGGCAACAAAUAAUCAGAAAUCAGAAUCAAAGACAAAUAAUAAUAAGAAUAACUCUAAUGAGAGACAAGAAAACACGAGAUCGUCGAGAAAAACUGUACAUGAAGUUACAAAACAAACGCGUAAUAGUACACAAGAUGAACAGAAUUCAUCGCGAAUUAAUAACAUGUCUAAUGUAGAGUCAUGCGUAAAUACCCAACGAAAACCUGGAAUAUCUCAACUUGAGCUUCAUCAAAAUGUGGAUAUUUUGAAUCCUAAUACUACAGUUAAGAAACCUGUUGCAACAGUAGAAAAUAAUCCAUGUAACGUUAAAAUUGAACGUAACAUGGAUGUUUAUACGCCCGAGACAAUGAUUGAAUACUUUGAAAAGAAUGCAAUUGAUAAUAAUUCUGAUUUAAAGAGUCAUCCUUAUCCAUUGAAGAGGAUAUAUAGUGACGAAGAUAUUAAGACAGGUUGCACUAAAAAAAGACAGUAUAAUAAUGUUCCUUAUGCGUCAUCGGAUACAAGCGAUGAGCAGAAUAUCUCUUACAUUGAUUGUAAGCCUUUCGUCGAUGAAGAAUUUUCAGAACUUUCAACGGAUUUCAACAAUAUAAAUCCUCAAUCACUAAAGAUUGCUGAAUCGCCAAAUUCAAGUCUAAGUGAAGUCAUAACUGAUUAUCAGCAAGUGGAUUCUAGUAUACCACUUAUAGCUCCAAAUCCUGAAUUGGAAGCGGAAUAUGGCGAUCUUCAGGACAAUGCAUUGCUGAGCCCAGGCCUGGAAGCAAAUCCAGAUCUGAUAAUGAUGAAAAUAUUUGAUGAUCUAAGGCAUAUACCAAUUCUUGAAAAUACUUUUAAUGAAACAGAAGUACAAUUAACAGACAAUAUGGUAAUCAAUAAAGAAAUAAGGAAAAAACAUCUUCAACUUAUGAAUAAUAUAGCACGCCAAGAAUCACAAUUGAAUGUUUUGGCACGAGACUUCAAAAAUCCAGCUUUGCAAGCGAAAAGAGGAAGUUUAACACCAUUAGAGGUAGAACAUAAUAUGCAGAAACAAAUUCUCGAGACUUUACAAAAAGAUCAUAUGCAAAUAAAUAUAAAACAUAAUAUUGGUGUGUAAAAAUAAAAUUCAAAGUUUGGAAUUAAUUUUAACAAAAUAUUUCUUUGGAAGAUAACUAUUCUUAAGAAAUAUACAAUUGACAAACAAAAGUGUGCAUAUCAUUGCACAUUGAAUAUUUCAAUGAAGUUUAUUACAAUUUAUUUCUCAACCAAUAACGAAGUAGAAGAAGAACGUAACAAUCUGCAAUUGCAUAAUAAUCGACUUAUUACAAUUCAACAAAGGAAAGAUAAUAAUAUUUAUUAUCAAAGACGUCUAGUGAAAAUGUAGUGUCGAUUAAGAAAACUUCAAUAUUCUGUGUUUUUAAACUGAAGUAAGAAGAAGCAUCAUAAGUAGACAAUGUAUAAAAUAAUCAAGAUGUAUAUUUUACAUCUAUUCAUAGAGAAGACUUUUUGAAAGUCUAGUAUGGACAUUAUACAUCGCCAUGUUUGGCAUACAUAUAAAUAAACAUAUAUUUCAAUAACUGCUUGAUGAAACAUAUACGUAAAUUGUAUUGUAUAUGAUGGGCACGUUUUACAGUUUUGAAGGUCCAAUGUUGCGCAGUUUUCAAAUUUUAUCAUAAUUAACUUUUAUAUAGCGUGAAGCCAAUUUUAAGCGUCUACGCUAUUUAUUUAGCCUCCAGGACUGUUUGUGCUUGGCUAUUGUUCUCGAUCGAGAACGAAAAUUAUCUCCACGUCGAAUGACUAUGAUAUGUAUAUGUACUAUAUAUAUCGGAUGGAUACAGUACCAGUUCUGUUUAAAUCCUAUUAAUUAAUUAUUGGAAUUCAAAAUUAUAAAAAAAAAAAGCAAAUUUCUAGUACAAAAUUUCUGUUUUAGACAAAAAAAUAUGCUUAUAAAAAAACAUAUUAUAAAAAGAAUAUUAAUUAUAUAUAAUUGUACCUUUUUACUAUUGUUACGUGAAAUAAUUCUAUAACAAAUUGACUGUCUCGAUUUCUAUCGAUUUCUUUUUUUUUUUUAAAACAAUUUUGAAAAUUGUGUGGAUUGUUAUUAUUAUUUCUCUGAAUAUUUACAUGCAUUAUUUGUAACAUACAUAUGCACUUUUAAGCAUUUUACAUAUUGACUUGUUAUCUUUUUUUUUUUUUUUUUUUUUUUUAAAUAUAUAUUUCAUUGGAAGAUAAUGAUAAUUAAAAUUAUCAUUUUUUCAUAAUGAAAUUUUUGAGAGAACUUGGUAUUUUAUACGUUAUAUUUCGUGAUUGUAAAUUAUUUUGUUAUGAUGAAUUUUUAGACUUUACUGGCCUUGUUAUCCACCCAAUACCGUGUUGCUUUAUAUUAUUUUAUUAAUUAUAGUUAAGCUUUAGUAUCUACUAUAAGUAGUAUAAAAUUUUCGUGAUUAACUAAUAUGUGAUAUUAUUAAAAAAUACAUAUACUAUUAAUCACGAUUUUUUUUUUUAUCUAAUGAAUCAUAUAAAAAUCAUAAACAAGCAUAAUCAAACAAAUGAAUCCAAUGUAAAAAAUAAAAUAUACAGAAUGGAAAGUUAUGCACUGAAAAAAAUUAUAAGAGCGCAUACAUUAUGGAUAUAUUCAACACAUAUGAAUAAUAGAUCUAUAUGUAUAUCAUUUAGUUCCAGUUUCCUAUGUACAAGCAUAAAUAAGGCUGAUAAAUUGUAAAUAAUUCCGAAUGUCUUAUCGAUUGGUAUUAUUACCGAUUAAAGAAAUCACUGGGUUUUUUUUUUUGUGAAUUAUUCAUCAUUCAUUCAUGUUAUAUAUCUAUUUGCAACUCGUGUGCUAUUUCCCAAAUACAUUAAAGAGUUUUUCAUACUCUUGCGUACUGAUGCGAAUUAUGAUAUCAGUAGAAUUUAGAAUUGUAGUUUAAAAAUGAUGUUUUAAUGUUUGAGCAGUUUUUUUACCCCUUUUAGCGUAGAUUUUAAAAAUAAGACGGCAAAGCAUUGUAGACAUGAUAUUAUUCAAAAUAAUAAUAUUUAUAGAUUUAAAUUGAAUUUGAGAGAAGCUACAUAUAUAUAUAUAUACAUACAUACAUAUUUAUAUAUGUAUGUAUUUAUUUUAAUUGAAAAUUAUUUUUAAUCUAUGCUUUGUACGAAUAAAAAUUAUGAAAUUACGAAAAAGGGGUAUUAAUUCUGCGUAUAAAUUCUUAUACAUGUACACAACAUGUUCAUUGUAAAAAAAAUGAUCGUUAAUUCGUUUUUAUGUCAUUGACAUCGAUGUCAAACAUAUUGAGGUAUAUCAUGUCAUUUUAUUUUUGUUUUUUUUUUUUUUUCAACUAGGAUUAUAAUAUAUAAAUGUAUAAUAUUAAGAAAAGCUUGAGAUAUAAACUAUGCUCAUUUUUAUGGUUAAGAGGAUUCGAUUAUCCUUGCCUCAUGAUUGCUCGAUGUUGAUAAAGAUUCAAACUUUUUUAUAUAUUAUCAUAUACUGUUAGUGAAAAUAUAAAUGAUCCUACAAUGUAAUUCACAUUACAUUGUAUCGGGAUGUUUAGUUAAGUGAAUGGCAGACUUUCCAAUUUGUCAUGAUCAUUAUAGUACAAACAGCAAGUUUAAAGUGUCUGUAUUUAGUGUCACUCUCUUUAAUCUAUCAAAUUGUUCAUGUGUUUUGUGAUCUUUGGCAUUUCAAGCCUGGCCAUUGUGCUCAUUGUUUUGUAUGUUUCAAACUAUGCAUAUAGAAAUUGUAUUUCUACAAUUAAUUGUUAUUAAACUAAUUACGAAGUGAUCAAGAUAUGUAGUAUCUAUAAUAUCUUGUUAAUUAAAAACAUUAUAAUACGUAUAAGUGAUUUUUAUGUGUUUCUUGAAGCCUCUUGAAGUAAAAUAUGAUCAGUAUAUAAUGUCACAUCUAUAUAUAUAUAUAUAACAUUUAUCGAGGGCAGUGAGAAAAAUGUAUAAUAGUUAUAUAUUCAAUAUAAUCUGCUCUUUCACUCAAAAAAAAAAAAGAAAAAGAAAAAAAAAAAAAAGAAUCAAAAUCUCUGCCCGAUUUAGAACAUAAUAAUAAAUGAGCAGAACGUGACACGAACAGAUGGCACUACAGAAUUCGCUAAACAUUUAAUCUUAUAAUACUGUAAAUAUCUAUAUCUUUAUUAUAUAUUUUAUACUCUGCUGUUUGCACAUAAGUGAUUUUUACAAUUUAUUUCUGUAAGUUAACAUACGCGAAGCACAAUUCAAUACAAUUGUGUUUUACAUCCUUGUAUAUUUCUACACAUAUAUCUUUAAGUAAAGUAAAAAAAAAUGGCAUCUUUCGAAUUAUUGUGUGGUCGAAUUAAAAUAUUAAUUUUUGCAAUCUACAUUCUGUGCAUCAAGCAAUGUUACAAAAGUUUUUAUAUAUAAAGCGGUUGUCUCUUCGUAAUCUUGUUUGUAAAAAUGGAAGGAGGAUAGAUAUGAAAAAAAACAAAUUUAUCGUGUGCUCGUUUUCCGCAAAGAAAAAGGAAAAGAAAAAAAAAAAAAGAAAAAAGAAAAAAAGAGAGAAGAGAGAAAAGUAAGAAGUAAGAAAGAAGAAAAGAAAAGAAAAACUGAAAUUUCAUGAUGACAGUAUUACGCUUUUGCGUAAGGUAACCGCAUAGUAAUAUAUUAAUUAUUUAUCUUUUAAGAAUAACGAAAAUAACCUAAAAUAAUAAUAAUUCAAAGUUAAAAUCUCCAUUUUAAUUAUGGAAUAUGUGAGUCGUUUUUUCUAUCGUCAGAUAUAUCUUUAUAAGCUUGUAUUUAAGAUAUAUUUUUCACACACACGUACACACACACACACACACACAGUGAAUUGGAAAUAUCGGUUUUAAAUUCCAUUAUUAAUCGGAUUUAAUGAAAUUAAAAUAAAAAAAAAAAAAAAAAAAAAAGAAACGACACAUAUAUUCGCUUUCGUGUACAAAACGAAUUAUCGAGCAAACAUCUUUGUACAGGCUAUUUUAACUUUAAAAAAACUCGGUGCUUUCGAAGAUUUCUCGAACACUGUGUACAUUUUACCGUAGCUGUUAAGAUAUCUGCGAAUGUGAUUCGCAUUUUAUGAGCUUCUUUGAAGAGAAAUGCACCACCGAAUUACUUCCAACUAUACGUUUGUAUGUUGGACGAGAGCAUAAUAAAAUGAUAAGUUUAAUUGUUUAAUUAAAAACCAUUAUAUUAUCACUUUGAUUAAGUAUUUUUACGAACUUCACGUACGCCCUUAAAUAUUUUUUACGUUAAUUUUAUGCCCAUUUUUUUUUUAUGUAUAUACAUAUAUAUAUAUAUAUAUAUAUAUAUUUAUGUUCCGUUGUGAAUAUAUUGAUGUUAAUAAAUGAUAAUUGCUGGAUUAUUAUCAUCAUCAAAGGAAUUUUCAAAGGAUUAAUGUCGAAAGAUAAUAAGAAAUUUGUGUAAUAUUGGCGGUGUAUAGCUCUUCGUAGAUUGCCAAAGAACGAUAGAAAAAUAUGUAACUGAAUUCCGUUCCUCUGUUCUUCCAAAUCGAGAAAAAGAAUCGAGAGAAAGAAUAUUACUGUGCACGAUGAGGAUUGAUUGAUUCAUGCAGAAAUUUAUAAAAAUGUUUACAGUCGCGUUGCUCGUGUCAGCAUUAGAAGUUGGAACGAAUGAAUUUAAAAAAAAAAAAAAAAAAAAAAUGAAAAUUUAUCAUACAUAUAUAUAUAUAUA